GGUAAAACCCGCCCCGGAAAACCACCCCAAGGCGCCCAGUUCGAGUUCCAGUCUGAACUUCCCUGGUACUUUUUUGGCAGAAGUUCCAGGGUCUGAACUCCGAGUUGCGGUGCACCCGAUCAGACUCUAAUUCCGACUCUGGAAGUCCACGUCGGUUACUGUCGGUUCAAGCCAGCACCUCGUACAGAGUCUCAUCCCGAUCUCCCAUUGCGUUUCCUCUUUCCUUCGCAGAAAUUUUGGGACAUCUUCAACUUUUCAGGGACUCAAUUCAUGGAUUCCGAUGACCGUACCAGAAACCACCCUAUCCACCAGAUCCCUUCAGAGAUCUUGUCGACAGUAUUCGAGUUCUCAAUGUCAAAGCAGUGGAUGAAGGACAGCGUGGGCAACGCGCUGCUCAAUGUAGCAGAGGUGUGCAAACUGUGGCGCAAAGUCGCCCUAGGCACGCCGCUGCUAUGGAGCUACAUCAACAUCGACUUCGCCCAUAUUCCUCGCCAUCGAUGGAAGAGUGCGCUUGCCUUGCGCAUGGAGCGAUGUGGGGACGUCCCGCUGCAUGUGCGACUGGUCUUUUCAGUUGACAGAGAUCUGGGUAACUGCGACAGGGAUACUUGGGAUUGGCUCUCUUCUCAGGCCUAUCGAUGGGCGGCCUUGACGAUAUAUAAUCCGCCGCAUGACGGUGCUCUCGAGGACGUGCAGUGGUCAUGGCCUAUUCGGUUCCCCAUCCUUACGCACCUGGACUUAGGAUGCGUCCUCACUUCCUUCCCCCUGCCAUUUCACUUGUUUCGCGACUCGCCUGUCGCCACACUGAAGUUCGGAUACUCCGGUAUUCAUACCCAUACCCCAAGUCUCGCUCUGACGACCCUCACCUCGUGCUGGAACAUCACAAAGCUGACUGUUGAAUGCAACAACAUCGGCACUGACGGCGAGUUCAUGCCAAUCAUGAAGUUCAUCGUUUGUAGCCCGACGCUACAAACACUCAAGGUCAGGACUCCCUUCUGGCGCAAUUGGGCGCCGGUGAACAGGCGAACCCUCCCAUCCCUGCAGUCCCUGACGCUCUCCGCCUCCGCGUUCUGCCACUACAUCAUCGCGCCCAAGCUCACAUCCGUCACACUUCUCGGAGAUGGCGCGUCCUUCCAAGGCGGACACGACGCGCUCGUCCUACAGUACUUUGCCGGCAUGGUACAGAAGGAGGGCACCGCCGCGAACCUCCAGUCGCUCAGACUCGUCAACUUCUUCGGCAUAACGAAGGCUGUCGUAAAAUGCCUGGAUAUGCUAUCCUCGUUGACGACGCUCGUCCUGGAGUGCUGGUGGCGGGCGGGAGACGAGCGCGAGCCCUGCGUAUCGUGGGACCUCCUCCGGGCGCUGACUCGCGACGAAGAAGGGGACGUAGGCCGCCUGCCUUGUCUUACUAGCCUCACUCUCCUCUUCGUCGCGGACGAUGACGAGAAGGAUCGCAUCGUUCCUCCGAUUAAGCGCAUGCUCUCAUCCAGAGCGCUUCGGCGCACGCACGAGGGAAAGGAAUUGGCAGCUCUCGAGAAGUUUCAGACGAACCUGGCCGGGGAUUGGACAUUGCCUGUAGCUGUUUGACCGGGUGUAUAGCGGAGCUCGCUAGAGCGGCAACGCGGAGGUCCACCGUGGUUGUUGGACUGGUCACGACCGAAGGUCUUCGGGCUCCUGUAUGCACGUGCUCCCAUGGGAUAAGCCGUUGAGGAGGCACGAUGGAUUACGCGUCCGGUGUGAUGGAACGCUGUACAGGAGUAAUAGAACGUUGUUUAGCAGCGAUGGACUAUCUAGCCGAGGUCGAUCAAUCGCACGCACUCAAUCAUUUCUUCG